GUCAAGCAUUUGCAAAGUUAUCCUCACAGAGAAUAAACCCGCUGCAUUUCAGAGUUUAAAUAUACCGUUUUACAUGCACAUGGAAACGGACACCUAGUAUCGAUCAUGUCGUCACCCUCCAAACAAACCAAGAGCAGAACCCCUCGAGGCAAACAGAAUAGAAAUUCUUCAGACCACGAGAGCCCCCUCAAUGCCCUUCACCAACUCGCCGGAACCCUAAACCCUACAACCCCCGCGCAAACCUCUGUUCCUCCUCCACUUUCCACCAACAGAGCUUCCGCCAGGCACACACCGCGUGGUGCAUAUUCAGGUACCAAUGCUGCUCCUGCGACUCCUCAUGCUCUACGCGCGCUUCAAAGACGUGCAGCUACGUAUACUCCUGGGCGGGAUCGGAGGAAAAGCGGACGGAUGCAGCGAGAAACGCCCAUGGAUGUCCUGAGGAACUUGGGAAAAGUACUGGCCCCUACCACGCGACCAGUGUCAUCAUCACCACAAGAAGAGCCAGAGAAGCCGCCGCCGCAACCGAUCGAUGAUCUUGAUGAAGAACCCGAUCUUCCAAGGCCUAGGCUUUCACUGCCGCUCACGGAAAUGAUUGUACAAGGCGACGGGAGUCCAGAUAUUCAACCUCCUAGACUGUCACUGGCUAUCGAGGAGGAUAUCGAUCAAACCUGGAGAUCAAUUGAAAUGCCAAGACGAGAUCGGAGCAUACAAGAUCGAACAACUCUUUCCAGAGUUAGCAUGGGGAGCAACCGUUUCAGUGACCGCUUUGGUGACCUCAGCAGAAUGGAAGAUCUAGAGGAGGAGGAAGCAGAGUAUACGAUAUUUCAAGGAGAUGAUGAAGAUGACCAUGGACAAGAUACGGGACUUGUUUUCGACGCAGGAGGAGAGACCGAAGAUUUGCGACGUUUCAAUCUGGACUUUUCCUUCCCUACACCAGACGUAACGACUGCUAGAAUUUCUGGAAAUCAACUCCAGCAAGAAUAUGAGGAUUUUGCACUUGAUAUGAAUCCUGAUGUGGACACAGGCUUUCCAUCGUCUGAUAGCAUUGUCGAGGAAGGAGGCAUUGAGCUUGCAUUCCAAGGCGACUUUUCCAGACCAGCGCUUCCUUCGAGCAGUCCGGAGCCAGCACCUCAAGUGAUGGUGAAAGGUAACAAACGACAAAAGCUAUCACGACACGGCAUUCCCGUACCACAGCUGCCCUCCGGUAUCGUGAAAAAGCUAGCCACCCGGUUUGCCCGGACUGGAGGUGGGGGAAAGUCGAGAAUCAGCAAGGAUACCCUGGCUGCUAUUGAGCAGGCUACCGAAUGGUAUUUUGAGCAGGCGAGUGAUGACCUCUCGACAUACGCGAAACAUGCGGGCAGAAAGACAAUCGAUGAGACGGAUGUCACGACACUCAUGAGAAGACAACGGCAUAUUGGCAAAAACACUACAAUGUUUGCGCUUGCCCAAAAACAUCUGCCGAAGGAGCUUCUGCACGACAUCCGGCUUCCAAAACGCUGAAAUUUUCCAUUCCACGGAACAGCGACUAUGCUGUUACGUUCAAACUCAGAAGACUAAUUCGCCCAGGUAAAGAGCGGAGGGAUUCGUCUAUCUCGCGGCUACCAGCCUUUAUUAUGUCGUACACGUCGUGUGAUCUCGUUAGGCUUCUUUCUAACAACCAUCCAGAACAUUAUUGCGGUGGCCAAUGACAGACCGUACCUAGACACGCAAUUAAUAAUUUAGAUGCAAGAUCGGGACACGCAAGGUUGAGCAGAUGGCAAAAAUCGCCUACCAUGUUACGAUAUACUGAGCGUGAUUAUUCCUGAGAUUUACCUCAGGUGCACGCCCGAUAGGAAUGCCCUUUGCUUCUCUAUGAUAUAUCGCGAGGAGCUCAGGAUCUAAAGAUCCCGUCGUCAGUCUUUGGGUG